AUGACAAUUGGUAAUGUCCAUAACCCAGGUGAAGUUAAGGUCUCUGGUGUCGGAGAAACAACCUCAGAACCUGACUGCUGCAAAGUAGAGAUCUUAGUGUGCUCCAAAAAACCUACAUGCACUUUAGCUGAAGAGAGCGCAAGAAAAAGAGCUGAAUACGCUCGACAAGUAAUUUAUAACCGACAUCUCAAAAAGUUCAAUGUUGUCGAGCACUUCGAUACGGUCACAGAAGAUAAUGGUGUGAACGCUGUGUAUAAGUUUGAGAUAACGACGUGUGACAUUUCUGGAAUGAAAAGCCUUUUGGGAUAUCUUAAGUCCAAAUUACCAACAUAUAUAAGACUUGGAACCGUGGAGUGCUUCUAUUCAAAAAAGCGGAUGUUUGAACUACGCAAAGAAGCUGUUGAACAAGCCGUUUCAGAUGCUAAACAUAAAGCUGAAUUAAUUGCAUCGGCAUUUGGACAAAGAAUUCAGGGUUUGAUCAAUGUUAUUGAGGAUGAAUGUGAUGUUACUGAUGAGCAGCUGCAAAUAACUACACCAAGAUCAAAUAACUUCAAUGAUUACUAUCAAUUAAAACAACCGAACGAUAAAAACAAUAUCGAUAGUGGCGUCGGUCAAUCGUAUGAGCGGCCAUUCGACUGGAGUAAGCCAUUACGCAAUGCUCAAAGACAUAUACGGAUAAAAUUACAUGUUAUCUGUGCUUUAAGCAAUUUUAAUAACUAA